ACUCCAGCAUCUCCAACUCCACCUUCACCAUAAUCGUAAAACUAACUGAAAUCCUCUCUCACUUCCACUCCUCUUCUAUUCUCCUUCUCCACUGCCGGGCUUCCGCGCCGUCGACACCCAAUAUGGAGGCUCCCCGGCUGUAUUCGACUAAACCUGUUCAAUCUCUCAAGCCAACGAAGAAGAUUCCUUUAGAGGAAGAUCACGGUAAAGCCUCCGACGCAUUGCCGCUUCCCUUGCACCUAACGAAUGCCCUGUUCUUCACCCUCUUCUUCUCGGUGGUUUAUUUUCUUCUUUCCCGUUGGCGUGAGAAGAUCCGUACCUCCACACCUCUCCAUGUCGUCACCUUUUCCGAGAUCAUCGCCAUUCUCUCAUUUUUAGCGUCCUUUAUUUACCUUUUGGGUUUCUUUGGGAUUGACUUCGUUCAAUCUUUGGUUUUCCAACCAUCGCCUGACGUUUGGAUUGCCGAGGACGAGGAAGAGGAUGAUGAAGUUCUGCUUGCAAAGGAAGAUGCCCGUAAGGUCCCUUGCGGGCAAGCUCUCGAUUGUUCGCUUCCACCUCUGCCUCCUGCGGCACCAAUCGUGACCGUUCAGAAGGUGUUCGAUGAAAAGCCUGUGACGGUACUAACGGAGGAAGAUGAAGAAAUAAUUAAAUCUGUAGUGGCUGGUACAACCCCUUCGUAUUCCUUGGAAUCGAAAUUGGGUGAUUGCAAGAGGGCGGCCGCAAUCAGGCGGGAAGCGUUGCAAAGAUUAACAGGGAAGUCGUUAUCAGGAUUGCCCUUGGAUGGGUUUGAUUACGAGUCGAUUUUGGGGCAGUGUUGUGAGAUGCCGGUUAUUACGUGCAAAUUCGUUGGAAUUUCCGGGCCUUUGUUGGUUAAUGGAAGAGAGUACUCGGUUCCUAUGGCAACCACGGAAGGGUGCUUGGUGGCUAGCACUAAUAGGGGCUGUAAGGCUAUUCAUUUGUCUGGUGGAGCUACAAGUGUUCUAUUGAAAGAUGGUAUGACUAGAGCUCCAUGUGUAAGGUUCGGUACUGCGAAAAGGGCAGCUGAUUUGAAGUUGUAUUUGGAGGACCCUGAUAAUUUCGAGACCUUGUCUGUUGUUUUCAACAGAUCAAGUAGAUUUGGCAGGCUCCAAGGUAUCAAAUGUGCAAUUGCUGGAAAGAAUCUGUAUAUUAGAUUCACUUGCAGUACAGGUGAUGCUAUGGGGAUGAACAUGGUUUCCAAGGGAGUGCAAAACGUUUUGGAUUUCCUUCAAACUGAUUUCCCUGACAUGGAUGUCAUCGGCAUCUCUGGAAACUAUUGUUCCGACAAAAAACCGGCUGCGGUAAAUUGGAUUGAAGGACGAGGCAAAUCUGUUGUCUGUGAAGCCACCAUUAAGGGUGAUGUGGUUAGGAAGGUCUUGAAGACAAGUGUGGAAUCUCUCGUUGAGCUUAACAUGCUUAAGAACCUUACUGGAUCAGCUAUGGCUGGAGCUCUGGGUGGAUUCAACGCUCACGCCAGUAACAUCGUUGCUGCAAUCUACAUAGCUACCGGCCAAGAUCCGGCUCAAAAUGUCGAGAGCUCGCAUUGCAUCACGAUGAUGGAAGCUGUUAAUGAUGGAAAGGACCUCCACGUCUCUGUCACAAUGCCUUCCAUCGAGGUUGGGACUGUUGGUGGUGGAACUCAGCUUGCAUCUCAAUCAGCCUGUUUGAACUUACUUGGAGUGAAGGGUGCAAGCAAAGAGACACCAGGAGCAAACUCUAGGACGCUGGCAACCAUUGUAGCGUCUGCUGUUCUUGCAGGGGAGCUGUCGCUUAUGUCUGCAAUUGCAGCAGGACAAUUAGUUAAGAGCCAUAUGAAGUACAAUAGGUCAACUAAGGAUGUGUCCAAGGCUUCUUCAUAGAGAAAACGUAACGAUAGUCUGAUAUUUGGGGGUAAAGUUGCAAUCUCCAAUGGUAGAAAGUACUAAGGAGACAUAUCUCCUUGUGUCUAGCUUAGAUGUACAUCCCAUUUAUUGUCACGGUAUAAUAUCUCUCACUGGUUGUCUUCAGUGAUCAGGAUACAGUCUUAACUUUUGGGUGUCUGUUUAUUAUCCGGAAAAUGAGAAAUGAGGUUGUGUUUCGAGCCGGCCAACCGUCAUCAAUUAAUUUCAUUAGAGAGGCACAGAAUUACUCUGAUACCGUCAGGGAGGCCUUGGAAGCCAUAUCUUACAAUGGUAGAUGAUGAAUAUGGAACAAAGGAUCUAUACCCAAUUAGUUGACGAGUAAAAAUUAGUUGGUCCACAGCGUUUCAUCUCUUGCAGCAUAAACUUCCCUUUGUAGUUUUUUUUUAUUUAUUUUGUAAUUUUUUUGGUAUUUUAAAUGUCCCUUUUACUGUUUGUGUUUGGGUUUAUGGCUGCUUCUCCUAACUAUAUUGUGUUCAAAAUUUAAA